AUGACAUCCCCCGACAGCCCCCCAGACCACAAAGCCCUCAUGGCCCAAGCCCUCACCCUCGCCAGAUCCUCCCCCUGCCUACCCACAAACUACCGCGUCGGCGCCCUGCUCGUCGACCCAACCCCUCCCACCACAUCCUCGUCACCAGAAUCCCCCGCAGCCCCCUCGCCGAAAAUCCUGUCAACGGGCUACACGCUCGAGCUCCCAGGCAACACGCACGCGGAGCAGUGCUGCCUCGCCAAGGUCUCGUCCUCAGCAGGAGAUGCGCAACCGCCCAGCACCGAGCUCCCAGACGACGGGCAGCUGCAGCGCCUGGAUCUGCCCAGGGGCCGGCUGGCUCUGUACACGACCAUGGAGCCGUGCGUGGAGCGCCUGAGCGGUAACCUGCCGUGCGUACAGCGCAUCCUCGCCUACCGCGACUUCAUCAGCGACGUCUACGUCGGCGUACUCGAGCCCGACACCUUUGUCAAGGGCAACUCGGGCCGCGCCGUGCUCGAGGCCUCGGGCAUCAGGGUUCAUCAUGUCGUUGGCCUCGAGGACGAGAUCCUCGCUGUCGCCACCGCCGGCCAUGCUCGCCCUGCCGCCGAGCCGUAG